AUGUUAGGGGGUUGGUGGGUUUGUGUGGGGGUGUUUGGGGGUUGUAGGGGGGUGGGGUGUUGUGAUGGGGGGGGUGUGUUGUUGGGGGGUUGUUGUUGGUGGUUGGGUGGGGGUGGGUUUGGUUUGGGGUGUUUUGGGGUUGGGGAGGGGUUGGUUUGUGGUGUUUUGUAUUUUUUUUGGUUGGUGUUUGGGGUUGGGGGUGUUGGUUGUUUGGGGGGGUGGGUUGAGGUGUGGGUUUGGGGGUUGAGGUGGGUUGGUGUAGUUGUGUUGAUUUGA